GCAAGCUGUUCCGGGACGACGAGCGGGCCCUGGCCCAGGAGCAGGGACAGCACCUCAUCCCCUGGAUGGGGGACCACAAGAUCCUCAUCGACAGGUCGGUUCCUCCCCUCGCCCGUCGCGCCUCCUUUUCCCGCGCCCGCUCGAUUUCAUCUGAUGUUGACUUGAUGGCCAGGACUGAAAGGGGGCUUUCUGGAGCCAGCGGGGACCCGGGGGGACCCCCGCUUUCCUUGCUUUUGGGAGGAGGGGGACAGUGAAACCUGCCCUAAGGCGCUGGCUGGAGUCGCGUGCCGCGCCUGUCGCCGGAGGGACCGUCUGCUCCCGCAGCCCCUCGCGGCCCGCACCCUGUCGCCGGGUUCCAGGUGGCCCCCGCGCGCGGCGGAAGCUGCCGGCUCCCGGGGCGCCGCGCGCUUAGAAACCCCCUUGGACCCCGUGAGUUGGCCUUGACCCUUGCAUGCCCCCAGCGCCCUCCUCUUCGGAGCGCCCGUAUUUGGCCGGCAUGACAUUUGAUCCCCUCGUGCCCUCCUCCCCCACCCUGUGGAACCCGCCUGAGUUUGACAGGCCCGUGGCGUGGAGGCCCGUUGGCUCGUGCGGACAGACGCCGGCUUUGCGCUCAGGCGGCCAGCGUGCUUAGGGCGGGCUUCACGGUCUCUGAAGGGUGGCACUGGGGUGCUUUUCAAAUCAGACCUGCUUUAGGAAGUCGCCCUGCAGGGCCAUCAGCCGCUCGGGGCAGAGGGGCCCGGCCACCGGGGGUUUCUAAAGGUGUUUGAUUUGAAAAGGAUGAGGUUACAUGAUGUAGGUUGUUUGCUCCCCGCCCCUCUUAUGUUUUCAGUUCCCCUCUUCUCCCCCUCCUGGGAUGUUUUGUUGGUUGGUUGGUUGGUUGGGUUUCCUGCCGGUUUGGCAACUCCACCUCUCUGUCUGGGGCCCGGACCGAAAAGCUAACCGGGGCCAACCAUUAAACUGGAAUAGUCUCUCCAAGUGAAGGAAGCCCAUCGUUUGAGACAAUUAAAACUGGAUUCUACAGAACCUUGGAACGUGACUGUAGGGAUGACCUCUGAGCUGGCCAGAAUGGACAUAUUAAUGACCACAUAGGCCUUUUUGCGUCCCUGACGUUUCCGUUUGGAGUUAGCUCUAGACAUCAAGGACUCGUGAAGGGAGGGUUGCCAGAUCAGGUCUGGACCUGACGGCCCCACGCUCUGCUCAAGCACGCUUUGGCAUCCGAGUUUCUGCUGAAUCGCCGCUGCCUGAGUUGUCAGGCAGCUUGCUUUUCCAAAGUGUUACUUGUGACAUUUAUUAUUAAAGUUUGGUAAGCGAUGAAAUCUGAGCUCUUUAUGCAGUUUCCCAUAUCGUUCUGUACAUGCUUUGAGUUAGGGCUUCCAAAACUAGUGGGGAGCAAACGCUACACAUGUACAUGUGUAAUAUUUUAAAAUACGAGCCGCAUUUGUAAAUUAAGGAGGUUUGCAUCAAAGUAACAAUAAUUUUGGAAUCUAAUAAAAUGCAAUGACUUUGCUACCCUGGAAUUUUUGGCCUUUUUUCUUGUAAAUGUCUUUUUUUUCUGUCCUCAUUACAAAAGUCAGCAUUAAAAAAUUAGGCAGACUUUUGUCUCUCUACAUUCGUUUUUGCAACCCUGAAUCUGAAUGUUCUAAGUACAAUCCACUGACUCGUUUAUCAUGUGACAGUUGUACAUCGACAGCGUUUUCAAUGAGUCGUUGAUGUUAAAAGCACAACGAGUGCUCUCCUUCUUCUUAGCUUAGCUGAAGUGCCUACUGGCCCGUGCAAGACCCGUGGAGGUGUCUUCAUGUGUGUUUUGUCCUGGGGCCGUACAGCUUAGAAGAAACACACUGCACCUUCUCAGAGUUUCGUUGUUUCCCGUGAACCUCCUUAAACUGCAUGUAUAUGACACUGUUCCUCUGUGUGUGUCUCUCUGUCACAUAACCCAGCACUUAUUUUCUCAGCCAAGUGGCUAGGGCCGAGCCUAGCCAAGAUUUUACCUCCAAUGGACGCAAGUUGCUUUGGUGAAGAUCUCUCCUGAGAGUUCGGGACUAGCAGAAAGAAGCGAGGAAAUUUCGACCGUUUGGUUCUUACGGAUAGGUAUUUAUGUAUUCGGUUUGUGUGAAUGUAAGCUAUGAUAUUUGACUUUUCAGAAAGAAUUUUUUUUUUGCAAAUGGCAUUGAAUAGUUGACCAAACCAUAAACGGUAAGAACUGCCAGUGAGGUGGAUACUACCAUUUAUGCUAUUAAAGGAUUGUUUACCUUUAAUGAUAAGUUUUAUCAUAUUGUAGAGAAGAACUUAGACUUUGUUAAAAUAACUUGAGUUUAAAAGUAGGUGAGCUAUGACUAGCCCAAUAGUAAAUAUAAGUCUGAAGAGUUUUUGUGUUUGUUUUACUAUUUCUAUUUCUUGAUUUUAAUCGGUAAGUAUGCAUAUCGAACGUCACACACAAACCAUCCUGGACGUGAACUUUUCUCCUUUGACCAGCGUGUUCACAUUGCAGAUACGAUGGGCGCGGUCACCUGCAUGACCUGUCCGAGUACGAUGCUGAGUACUCCACCUGGAACAGAGACUACCAGCUCUCUGAGGAGGAGGCACGAAUAGAGACCCUGUGUGAUGAAGAGAGAGGAAGAAUACAAGCGGCUGAGUGAAGCACUGGCAGAGGAUGGGACCUAUAACGCAGUGGGCUUCACGUACGGCAGCGACUAUUAUGACCCGUCGGAGCCCACGGAGGAGGAGGAGCCCUCCAGACAGAGAGAAAAAAAUGAGACUGAAAAUGCAGAGGAAAGUGAGGAACCUUUCGUUGCCCCCUUGGGGCUGAAUGUGCCACCGGAUGUGGAGCUGCCUCCCACAGCCAAGAUGCACGCCAUCAUCGAGCGCACGGCCAACUUCGUGUGCAAGCAGGGGGCGCAGUUCGAGAUCAUGCUGAAAGCCAAGCAGGCCCGCAACUCUCAGUUCGACUUCCUGCGCUUCGACCACUACCUCAACCCCUACUACAAGUUCAUCCAGAAGGCCAUGAAGGAGGGGCGCUACCCCGUGCUGGCGGGGAGCAAGAGCGACGAGAAACAGAAGUCCGGGGUCAGCUCUGACAACGAGGACGACGACGACGAGGAAGACGGGAACUACCUGCACCCGUCGCUCUUUGCUUCCAAGAAGUGUAACCGCCUGGAAGAGCUGAUGAAGCCUUUGAAGGUGGUGGACCCGGACCACCCCCUUGCCAUGCUGGUCCGCAAAGCCCAGGCCGACAGUCCCGCCCCCACCCCACCUGCGGCCGACGGUGCCGCCGUGCAGCCCACCCAGGCGGAAUACACCGCUGACUCGACUGUGGCCGCCGUGUACUACAGCUACUAUGUGCUGCCGGAUGGCACCUACUGCCUGGCGCCCCCCCCGCCGGGGGCCGACGUAGCCGCCUACUACGGCAGCCUGCCUGCUGGGGUGGCCGUGCCCAGCACCACCGCCCCACCGCCUCCCGGGACCACGCCACCACCGCCCCCAACCACUGCAGACGCGAGCAGUGGGGUGACCGCCACCACCAUCACCACAAGUGCCCUUGCUCCUGUGGCUGCCAUCAUCCCCCCGCCCCCCGACAUUCAGCCGGUGAUCGACAAGCUGGCUGAGUACGUGGCCAGGAACGGCCUUAAGUUUGAGAGCAGUGUCCGUGCCAAGAACGAUCAACGAUUUGAGUUCCUGCAGCCCUGGCACCAGUAUAAUGCCUACUACGAGUUUAAGAAGCAGUUCUUCCUCCAGAAAGAAGGGGGCGACAGUGCACAGGCUGUGUCAGCACCAGAGGAGGCCCCUGCAGAAUCGGCUCCUGAUAAGCCGAGUGACAUUGGGGGGGGCGUGGCUGAGGACACAGCCGAGGCGGGGGGAAGAGGCGGCUCGGGGCCGAAGAAGGAGGUGCCGUCCAGUAAAGCCGUCCUGGACGGGAAGCUCGUGAAAGCUUCAUUUGCUCCAAUAAGCUUUGCGAUCAAGGCCAAAGAGAAUGAUCUCCUUCCCUUGGAAAAAAACCGUGUUAAACUAGAUGACGACAGUGAUGAUGAUGAAGAAAGCAAAGAAGGCCAAGAAAGUUCCAGCAGCGCCCCAAGCGCUAACCUGGCAGUGACCCCGCCCUGUGCAGUGGUUGAGGAGAAGCGGCCCCCGCUUACCCAGGAGGAGCUAGAAGCAAAGCAAGCAAAGCAAAAGCUGGAGGACCGCCUGGCCGCGGCUGCCCGGGAGAAGCUGGCCCAGGCGUCGAAGGAGUCGAAGGAGAAGCAGCUGCAAGCAGAACGUAAAAGGAAAGCAGCGUUGUUUUUACAAACCUUAAAGAACCCUCUGCCAGAAGCAGACGUCGGGAAGGUUGAGGAGAACCCCUUCAGCAUAGAGGAAGCCAGUGCCGUGGCCUCGCCUCUGCGGAGUGGAGGCCGACCUCUGCCAACUUUAGACAUUAGGCCUCCGGAAGGACCCUCGAGCAAAAGCAGAGACCCGCCCAGAGACGAAGAGAAGGAGAAGAAGAAGAAAAAGCACAAAAAACGGUCUCGAACGCGGUCGCGCUCUCCCAAGUAUCAUUCGUCGUCCAAGUCCAGGUCUAGAUCUCACUCGAAGGCAAAGCACUGUCUUCCCACUGCCUAUCGGACCGCACGGCGCUCCAGGUCACGGUCACGGUCCCCUCGGAGAAGAGCUCACUCUCCCGAGAGACGGAGGGAAGAAAGAAGUGUCCCCACUGCCUACCGGAUGAGCAACAGCCCUGGGGUCAGCAGGAAGCGGACCCGGUCCAGAAGCCCGCACGAGAAGAAGAAGAAGAGGCGCUCCCGGUCGCGAACCAAGCCCAAGGCCGGGUCGCGGCCGGUGUCCCCGAGCAAGCAGGCGGCGCACCGGCACUCGGCCAGCAUCUCUCCCAUGGAGAGUCGGGGCUCCAGCCAGGAGCGCUCCAGGGGAGUUUCUCAGGAAAAAGACGGUCAGAUCUCCUCAGCAAUUGUCUCUUCUGUCCAGAGCAAGAUAACCCAGGACCUCAUGGCCAAAGUCAGAGCGAUGCUCGCAGCUUCCAAAAACAUGCAGACCAGUGCCUCCUGAGACGUGGCGGCCGGCGUCAGCAGGCCGUGGGGCCGGGCCGGGCGGGCCGAGAAGCUUGACUGCAGGGACCCUCGCAGGGCACCAUCCAGAUCCUCCCCUGGAACUACCUUGAGCAAUUGGUGGUUUUUGUAAAUUAAUUUUAGAUGACAUUUUCAGCUUAAGAUUUUUGACCAGCAGUCUCUUACCUGUAUAUUUGUAAAUAAUAUCAUGUUUCUGUGAAAAUGUAUUAUCAAAUAAAAUGAGAGGAAAACACCUUUUCUAGCUA